GUCGGAUGAGUGAGCUGGAGGGACGCUCCGACCGCGGCCGGGAGGCUCCUGGGGGCCGGGGCUCCGAGGUUAUAAUAUAACUUAUCCUCUCAUGCUUUUUCCCUGCCCCUUCUCCCCAAAUCAUCAACAGUAGAAAAAGAAGAAGAAGAAGAAGAAGAAAACAUGUCAGGACACAAAUGCAGUUACCCCUGGGACUUACAGGAUCGAUAUGCUCAGGAUAAGUCAGUUGUAAAUAAGAUGCAGCAGAAGUAUUGGGAAACAAAGCAGGCCUUUAUUAAAGCCACGGGGAAGAAGGAAGAUGAACAUGUUGUGGCCUCCGAUGCAGACCUGGAUGCCAAACUGGAGCUAUUUCACUCAAUUCAGAGAACCUGUUUGGAUUUGUCUAAAGCAAUUGUACUCUAUCAAAAGAGAAUAUGUUUCUUGUCUCAAGAAGAGAACGAACUGGGAAAAUUUCUCCGAUCCCAAGGCUUCCAAGAUAAAACCAGAGCAGGAAAAAUGAUGCAAGCGACAGGAAAGGCCCUCUGCUUUUCUUCCCAGCAAAGGUUGGCCUUGCGAAAUCCUUUGUGUCGAUUUCACCAAGAAGUGGAGACUUUUCGACAUCGGGCCAUCUCAGACACUUGGCUGACGGUGAACCGCAUGGAGCAGUGCCGGACUGAAUACAGAGGGGCAUUACUAUGGAUGAAGGACGUGUCACAGGAGCUUGAUCCAGACCUCUACAAGCAAAUGGAGAAGUUCAGGAAGGUACAAACACAAGUACGCCUUGCCAAAAAAAGCUUUGACAAAUUGAAGAUGGACGUGUGUCAAAAGGUGGAUCUUCUUGGAGCAAGCAGAUGCAAUCUCUUAUCUCAUAUGCUAGCAACAUACCAGACCACUUUGCUUCAUUUCUGGGAGAAAACAUCUCACACUAUGGCAGCCAUCCAUGAGAGCUUCAAAGGUUAUCAGCCAUACGAAUUCACUACGUUAAAGAGCUUACAAGACCCUAUGAAAAAGCUGAUUGAGAAGGAGGAAAGGAAGAUCACCCAGCAGGAGAGUGCAGAGGCCGCAGCAGAGGAGCCGAGCCAGUUAAUUUCAUUAGAGGAAGAAAACCAGCACAAGGAAUCCUCUAGUUUUAAGACUGAAGAAGAAAAAGGUGUUUUAUCUGCCUUAGACAAAAGCUCUACACACAAUGCAUGCUCAGAUGAACUAUUAAACGUGAAAUCUGAGGAAGGUGCUUGCCUGGGCCCAACAACAGGGACUCCAGAACCCGAAGGUGCUGACAAAGAUGACCUGCUGUUGUUGAGUGAGAUCUUCAACGCUUCCUCCCUGGAGGAGGGUGAGUUCAGCAAAGAGUGGGCUGCUGUGUUUGGAGACGAUCAGCUGAAGGAGCCCGCGCCCACUGUGGCCCCAGGAGAGCCAGACCCUAAGCCCCAGACAGGCUCACGGUUCCUUCCGUCACAGCUUUUAGACCAAAAUAUGAAAGACUUACAGGCCUCGCUACAAGGCUGGUCAGAGAGAAAUGUCAAUCCUCCUCCUACUCCAUGGCCAGCACCAAAGGCGAGCAGUCCAAAUGACAGCGGCCCUGCAGUGAAAGAGCCUGCCAAGGCUGCCUCGGACCUGACUGCCUGGUUCAGCCUCUUUGCUGACCUUGACCCUUUAUCAAAUCCUGAUGCUGUUGGGAAAACCGAUAAAGAACAUGAAUUGCUCAAUGCAUGAGUCUGCAGCCUCAGGGCGAGAGCCCACGUGCCAUUCCUCAGCCACACACCUGGGGGCUCACAGACGUAUGACGUUAUCAGUAUGCCGUUUUAAUAUUUACGUGCCAUUUUAAUAAAUCAAAAGGGUCAAAGGCCCUGUUUAUAUUGGUAUAAUUAUUUACUCUCAUUUGGUAUAAAGGGUUUUAGUGUAUUCUCUACAUGGACCUGACAAUACAGGAUUGUCUAGGAGCUGUGUCCAGUGUGGCCACGUUCCUGCCAGCCUCCACAUCAUGGCUGCUGAUGUGUCACUGGGCAACUGUGAGAUCCAUGUUCAGACCAUAAGCCUACUUUGCGUUAGGUUUAAAUAACGCGUCCUACAGCCUCGAAGGCAGCGGGAGGCUGACAGAGCUUAGAUGCCUCCUCUUACACUCCCCUAGAGUGGGGCUGCAGGGAGACUCACUCUUCCUGCUCAGCCGCCUUCCAGUGAGCUCUGGGUGAAGCUCCAGCCAACCAAAGACACUGUCCGCGGCCCUUGCCUGCUGGCCCCGUGUUCUCUUACGGGCGGAGGAGCCGGCGGGUCUCCGCUGCACGAACCUUUCUAUGGAAAGCAGCCACAUCUGCAGAUACCAGUGUCUCCUUUUGUCCUCUCCAUGGCUGGAAUUCAAAAGCAUGUAUUUCUGGAGCCCC